AUGAAUGCUGAAGCUAUUGCUAGUUUUAAACCCGGUCUCCUGUCCGGUGUAAGGAAGUUAGCCAACAACCUUGGGCAAAGCCAAAGUCAGGCUCAAAAUCAGAAUGGGCGGAGUCCUACAACAAGUGCUGAGGAACAUGAAAGCGAUGGGAAAGUCAAGACAAAACUUAUGUCUAUGUGGAAUAACAUGAAGUAUGGAUGGACCGUGAAAGUAAAGACAAAUUUCUCCAAGGAUUACCCUGUGUGGCUUUUAGGACGAUGUUAUCAUCGGAAGCUUGACGAUCCUUUAGAUGAUACUACAGCUAUUGCAUGUAGUGAAGAUAUGCUUACUGUUAUGGACUGGGAGGGUAUGGAAGGUUUUCGAUUGGAUUUCCAAAGUCGUUUGUGGCUCACAUAUCGUCGAGAGUUCCCUAUUUUAAAUGGAUCAAAUUUUACAUCUGAUUGUGGCUGGGGCUGCAUGUUGCGUAGUGGACAGAUGCUCCUGGCUCAAGCUCUUGUUUGCCAUUUCCUUGGUCGAGACUGGCGAUGGCGCCCAGAAGAUCCCUGCGACUCUGGUGAUAUGUUUCGGAGGGAAAAAAUACAUAGAGCAAUCAUUAAAUGGUUUGCUGACACUCCCAAGCCAGUGAGCCCAUUUUCGAUUCAUACCCUAGUACGGCUUGGAGAAGAUUCAGGAAAGAAGGCAGGUGACUGGUAUGGACCAGGCUCUGUGGCACAUUUGUUAAGGAUGGCAGUGAAGGCAGCAGCUGAAGAAAAUGAUGAGUUUGAAAGGUUGUGUGUCUAUGUAGCACAAGACUGCGCAGUCUACCUCCAGGAUGUGAUAGAUGAAUGUGAACAAAGUAGCAGUGACGGGAGAGGACAGCAUUCAUCCAAGAAUUGGAAGUCGGUCAUUAUAUUGGUACCAGUACGAUUGGGUGGGGAAAAAGUGAAUGCAAUUUAUGCUCCUUGUCUCACAUCAUUGUUGACACUGAAGCAUUGCAUUGGAAUUAUUGGUGGAAGACCAAGACACUCUCUUUAUUUUGUUGGCUUUCAGGAAGACAAGCUCAUUCACUUAGAUCCUCACUACUGUCAAGAACGAGUUGAUGUGUGGCAGCCAAAUUUUCCUCUUUCCUCAUUUCAUUGUCGUUCUCCUCGUAAAAUGAACUUAUCCAAGAUGGAUCCUUCUUGUUCCAUUGGCUUUUACUGCAGGACAAGAGAAGAUUUAGAAUUCUUUGUGAAAGAUGUGAAAAAGUGUCUUGUAGCUCCCAACCAGAAAUCUGAGUAUCCAAUGUUUGUGUUCAGUGAUGGACGUAGCCGUGACACUGUCCAUGUACCUAGACUGAAUAUUCCGGAUGAUGAUAAUAUUGUUGGGUUUGACAGCGACAAUGAUUUGGAAUGUGAAGAGUUUGAAAUUUUAUGAUAAAUUUCUUAUGGUUAAAACUACGGAGAGAUUUCUGUAGCAUAUUUCAAUCAUUAUGAAGUCAGGUAGGACAACACAACCAGCCAAGCAGGAUAUGAGCACAGCUCAAGCCGUUUUGUUCAGACAAAUGAGUGAACCAUUCUAUUAAAUCAAUACCUAUAGAUACAACCGUGCCCAACUUUAAUUGGCUGAGUAAAAUCACGCUCUGGUUAAAAGUUUUCAAUGAAGGAACUGAAAUUUUAUUAUUUGAGACUGGUUUACGAAGUGAAACUUAGAAGUGGUCACAAAGCAAUGAGAUCUGCAUGAGAUUUUUGUCUAUUUUUUCUUUCCCAUUUGAGUCAUUUGCUGUUUCAUCUCUUGUAACAUGAUUAGGAUUCUUUUCAACUUUGUAAAUAGUAAAUUUCAAUUUAAACUCUUUAAGUGUUAUAUGUUCAUAUUUAUAUCUCACUCUUCACUCAUACAUAAAUUGAGUGCAAAUACCAUACACAAUUGAUCUCAAAAAUAACAUUUAAAUAAAUUCCCCUCCAUCAGCUGUGAGGAAAAACCAGGGUUUUAGAGCUAAGUGACAGUAACUGACAUUUAUCAUAUAUUUUCUAAAUUAUCCUAUUUAAUCCUAGAUGUUUGUGCUAUGACUUUAAGAAACCUAAAGAAAAGGUUCUGGUGUGUCUGAUCUGAUUUAUCAUGUCAGGAGACAACUGUUUUGUGUCAUAAUUUAUAUGAAGUGGUUGUGCAAUAUUUGUGCAAUACUUGUUAAUAUCUUAAGUUAUAAAUGCUGACUUACAAUUUGUACAGACUUCACUUUCAUCUCUUUGGUGAAAUAGAAGUUUCUCGAGCAAAAGUUCUCUUUUGAAAGUGCUCUCCGAGUCACGCUCUCAAAUAUUUCAACAAGACAUGGAGAAAUACGAAUGUAUGGAAUACGCCCUGUCAUGAUGUGUUGAAUAAGAUGUAAUAUUUUUCUGUAUGUUACCGGGUGUAAAUUUGUGGGAAGAGAUCCACAGUACUUACUUCUUGGUUUGCUUAGUUUAAGUAACAAAGCUUAAACCAUGAAGGAAAUUAAAUAUCUAGAAAUAUUUCUAACUUGUGGAGAAGUUUGCUAGUUUGUGAGUGCAUUAGUUGUGUGAACUGAAGGUAGUGUGUCUUACCUUAUAACAGAUGCUAUUUUAGUGCUUUCUUUUACUAUGUUUCUUUAUCAUGGAAGCUAAUGUGUCUCUGAAAAUCAGCCUUUUUGCAUGUGAUAGUGUAAAAAGUCUGCUAUUUAGUUAACUUCUGUUACUUAAAAGAAAUAGCCUCUGUGAUUUUGAUGUGUGAAGAUAUUUAGUUUGUACACUCCUAACUUAACUUGUAUUAUUUCAUACGUAGUUGUUCUUUUAGAAGUCAAACACUUGACUGUUGUUACUUUAGCUUUAUUUUUGUGGACAAAAAGUUUUAAUAUUUCAAGACAAGAAACCAUCGUAUCUAUUAAAUGUUCCUUUUUGUAAACUUCGAUAUGGGUUGAGCUUUAACUAACUGUAGAACAUAAAAUUUGUGAUGAUGAACCAAUGAUUUAUGCUGUAAAUUGCAUGUAGAAUUGAUACUAUUUUGAUGUGUGAAAGUAGGACGCUAUUAGCCAACUCACAGGUUUGAUUAUUGGAUCAAACUAGGAGGCUUUUAAUUUUAGGUUGUGUAUCUACUAUAAAUUGAGAUUUCAUGUUCUUAUGGUGUAAUAUGUUUUACCACAAAGCCGGGUACAAUUUUCUCGCAUAAAUAUUUGAGUGACAAGGCAAUGAUUAUCAUCUUUAUUUUAAUGUGAUGUUUCAUUGGAAGAUAGAAAUCUUAGGCCAUACUCAAAAAUCGAUUGUCCGUUUUUUGUUUUUAAAUUCAAGCCCUUGAUUGAUACUUUAUCCUCAAUGUUACUUGACUGUGCCAUCUAUCUUUUGGAUUACCAACAGCAUUAAAAGUGUAACGCUCUUGUGCAAGGGCUGUUGAUUUUGUAACCACCCAGUCUUAUCAUGUGAUUUAAAUUUUUUUUUCAUAUUAUUUGCAGAAUCUCAUAAUUUGUAAGUGAACACAACCAGAUAUGGUUUAUUGCUCGUGCAAACUGGGAAUCGUUUGCCUAAAGCAUCUGCCUAUUGUGCCUUAUGCUGUUUAAUUAAUUUAUUUUUUUCUACAAUGCAUAUAGUGCAAAGAAACUUAACUUGCUGCCUCAUCAUACCAUUCAUUGUCUGGUACAUAAGUUCCUGUAAUUACUUUGUUCACAUUUUCAUUAUUGGAAGUCAUAUUUUCUUUGGAUUCAGAAGCCACAUCCAAGUGAGUAAUGAAGAAUGCCCUUGCCUCUAGUAUUUUCCUUUGGCAGUCAGAAAGUCAUGACAUAACUAAUGUCUGUUAAGCAAGGUGAAUGCAAAGACUGGGGUCGUUUGUGUAGUGACUCUUUAAGAAGCAUUCGCAUGAUGACACCUCUCUUAGCAUUUGCAAGCUGUUUCUGUGAAAACAGCUCACUGUCUUUACAGAAAGAUUGUAUUAUUUUAUUGUUUUGUUUUUCUCUCAUUAAAUGUACAUGGCAUCAAA